UCAUUCUUUCUCUCUCUAAGAUGCCUUCCUCUGCAACACUUUUAUCCCAACUUUUCCAUUUUGAAUUUCAAUUUUUAAACUCAAAUGGUUCCCAAACUGACAAUAAGCAAAAGACGGCAAAACCAGACAGCCCUCAACAUAAGAACCAGAGCUCAAAGUUCUGGACUUUGCUGGGGUAGGAGUAACUUCGAAGGACAAUGGGAGAGUCAACAUGUUUGAUGAUGCAGAUGCAGCCCUUCUCUUAUGUCUCAGGCCUCCCAUGUUUUGAUCCCACUGAGUAAUCCUCUGUUUUGCAGGGUAAUCGGGACCCAAUUCGUUCGCUAGGGCAAUCGAUCUCGUUCGGGAGGUUUGUCUCGGACUCCGUCUCGUGGGAGAAGUGGUCAGUCUUCUCCCACAAUCGCUACGUUGAGGAGGCUGAGAGGUACGCUCGGCCCGGGUCUGUUGCCCAGAAGAAGGCCUUCUUCGAGGCCCAUUACAGGGAAAUGGCCGCUAGGAAGGCCGCUGCUGCAGCAGCAGCCGCAGCCGAAGCCGAACUCGAAGCCGAGCAGGUGAGUGCAGCCUCAGAUGAGGCCCGGAACUCGCUGCUUGAUGAAGUUGCAACUGGCGAUUCUGCCCCCGCUUUGGAUUGCAAUGACCCGAAUGGCCAAGAUGAGGUUGGUGAAACCGAGCAAUGUGGGACACCAGAAAUAGAGAAACCCCUGUUGAAGGAUUUGCAACAGAACUCGGGGAGAAAAGAAGUUUCGUUUCGUUCCGGGAAUAAGAAAAUGUUGGCAGUAAUUCCCUCCAAGUCGCUGGGACUGAAUAAAGCAGCUAGGCGGCAACCUUCAACACCGGCUAAGCCCUCAAAUCCAGCAGUUCAUCCAAGGAGAGAAGUCUAUGCCACUCCGAGAAUUAAUAAGAAGUCAGCCACAGAUUUUGCUGAUGGAAGGAGAACGACUCCCAAACAGGUCCCUUCAUCCACUUCCACACCUAGAGGAGGUAUCCGUAGCGCAACCGCUAUGACUGCAACUCGGAAGGUUGGAAGCUUGAGAGUCGGCGGAACUUCUUCUUCAGUCCAGAGAAAUUGCAUGACUCCUACAGCGAAGCUAACUUCAAAUGGGACAUCAAGAAAACCUGUGGCCACCCCCCGGUCAUCCAGAACACCCAUUGUCCGUUCAGUUGUUGAGAGCAAAAGUGCAGGCCCAAAAGGGAAAUCUCUUGCAAAUGACAGCAGUAGUUCAAAGUUAUUGAGUGCCUGCAAGAGCAAACUACAAUCACCGGGUGUCUCAACUCCAUUCAAGUUGAAGACCAUCGAAAGAUCUGCAAGGAGAAAGGAGAAGCUUGAAGAGAAAUUCAAUGCUGAUGAGGCACAGAAAGUCCAGCAACAAGCAAAGAUGGUAAAGGAGAAAGCAGAUCUCGAGCUGAAAAAGUUCAGACAAACUUUGUGUUUCAAGGCCAGGCCGCUGCCUAAAUUUUAUAAAGAGAAUGGAACCCCAAAAAAGCCGAUUGCAAAGGCGCCAUCGGCAUGGCCUCAGUCUGGAAGAAAACCAGGACUCCUUGCUAUUCGAAUAAUGGAAUAUUCCCUACCUGCUCAAGCUCAUAGACCUAACAGGAACAACCAGUCCAAGCAAAUUCAAGGCAAAAGGGAACCUGCCUCAAUUUCUCAGACUUCGGAACCUUUCAUGACUACUACAGAGAACAAAUCUCCGAACAUUCAGGAAAUGUGCUCAUAGUGCCCGAUGACAAGUACAACUGAUCGAUAUUGAGAAAGCGAGGGAUUGUGUUCCGCACAGGCCAUUGUACUGAUCAUCUAAUCAAUAUUUGUGCAGAAAUUCUAACUGAUUAUCUCAUAAUCCUUGUGCAGAAAUUCACGUCAUUGUUGAAGCAGAGGAUGCUCAUGAACUCAAAUUUCAUGCGACUGCAAGCAAACUGCAAGUCUAUGAGUUCGAAAUCAACUAUGUACUCCCAUUCCUUCUGAGAUAUGCUAUAACCCGGUGCUCUAACUAAUGAAUUGACUGUGGUGCCUUCUCUGGCAAUCAUGUUUGAGGAUGUCACAUGUUUUUUCCUGCCUUAUUUUUGUGUUUUGAUAAUACAGCCCCUAUCUCAGCACAGAAAAUGUGCAUGCCAUGUGCUACUGCCUGAUUUUCUCUAUCUUUUAGUGCCUCCUCGAGCCA